ACCGUGUGUGUGUGUGUGUGUGUGUGUUCCCCUUUCAAUGCAAAGCCAUUCAUAGAGAAGAGCCUGAUGGUGUCUGUGUGUAACACUCAGUGACCGAGAGACAGACAGAGAGAGAGAGAGAGAGAGAGAGAGAGAGAGAGAGAGAGAGAGAGGGAGGAGAGCGGACAGACUUGUAGGGAAGAUCCCAGGGGCAACAGAUCCGGUUUGCUCGGCUGGAAACGGCAAACACUACGGGAUGGAUUUCUGCGCGACGUGACCGCCUACGAGAAACACCAGGCUUUUUUUUUUUCCUCUUUUCUUCUUUUCAAAAAAGAGUGGUGCAGGACGUCAGCCAGGAUGUCAGGGAUGGACGUCUCGUCGGUGGACCACAAUGACACUGGAAUCUCCCCCAUGGAUGACGGGGCCUUCCUCCGCUUCUCCCCAACUUCCGCCUCCACCUCCGCGUCCGCGUCCUCACCAGGACGUCAGGGCAACCUGUACGUCUACGUGUGGCUCUUCCUCGGCCUGCUGGUCUUCCUGCUGACGCUGCUCAUCAUCUCCCUCCACAGGCUGAAGAACAUAAUCUCCUCCUCUUCCUCUGUCCCCGACUGCAGCAGCGAGGGAGGCAGCUCCUUCACCAACAUGGAGAUCUGCAGCAUCUCGUCGCAUAGGUCCACCAUCUCCUCGCUGUCAGCCUGAGGGAGACAGGUGGGCACAGCGCGCUGUGUCCCUAUGCAGGAGCAGGCCGGCAUGCACAGACACACACAAGGGGACAUGGAGACCCAGCACCUCCUCGCGGUGACAAAUCCACACAAGAAACACAAAGAAGGGGACGGUACGGGAUUACAGCCAACGCACGCGUCUCCUAUCCCCGAUGGAUCGGCAAGUCGGGUGUGUCCAUGCACUUUCCAUAAGCACAGGGUAAAUGAAGCGGCGGCCUUGAGUGAAAGUGACAGAACCUUCCCAUGCCUUAUUUCAACAAGGAAGACAAAUUAACCCGAGGAAGCGUUUUGUCUCCACAGACAAAAAAGCUUAAUGAGGAACUAUUAUCUUUCCUCUUCGUUUUGGUCAUUUGUACUUAUAGUUAUAGUCAUAGUUUAAGUAGGAUGAUAAUAUUGCUUCCAGGUUUGUACAGUAUGUCUCAUGGUGUCUGUAGAUUGUAAAGUUUAGAAUUGAUCACGUAAUAAAUUUUAAAGAGCAUUGCUUUGGGCAGGACGGCAUGAUUGCGUUCCAGUUGUUUAGUCAGGCUUUGGGAUGCUUAACAACUUACCAUUAUAAACAGUGAGAUACCUUAAAGCUGAACACGUACCAGAUUGUUUCAAAAGUCUCCUGGGGAUCCGACGAUGCACGAAACAUCCUCCUGUAGAUGUGAAGAAAGAAAUGAGGUUUGUGUCUCAGACAGGUGAUUGGCCUCGGACUUCAACUACAGACCAGGUUGUAAGUGCCAUAAUCUCAUCAAACUGGGCCUGUCCGCGUAUGUGGCGUCUUAAUACAGUUUCCAUAGAGACAGAGGCAUUGGAAUUGAAGCUGCAGUAUCUCCUCAGUUUUGUUUUAAUCCUGGCAGACGUAGUUUCUCUUGACACUUGAAAGAAUUCAAUAACACCCAAAGACGUCUACAGGGCCACAAACAAGCCUCUGCAGGUCAGCGACUGCGUCAAGAUCUCCAGAUAAUGUAGUUGGAAAUAGUCACACAAUGUCUGAUUUGAAGUUAACCAGGAAGUAAAAUUGAGUUGUUUAUUAUAGCACAUUAUACUGUGCAUGUAUAUAUAAUAUAUAUUGCUUAUAUUUGGAGUUUUAGUCCUGCAAACACAGAUACACAAUAGAGUGAGAAUACAAAAGAGAUAAAAUACUUUUUUAGGUGACUUUUGUCUUCAUACUUAUACGGACACUCACAUGAUCUGCUCUGCUACCUUGUGACUGUGAAUCAGACUUUGGUCCAUGGGUUCAAUAAACACUCUGCACUUUCUGUCCUUCAA